CACACCCUCUUUUCCCCCUCCACAGCGCCGAAGAAGAGGUUUUAGCUUUUUUUGCUAAUUAGCGCCCCAUCUGAGUUUGGGCCCCCCCCUCAUCCCCCAUCGACAGCCAGUUAGUCGUCUCAUUCGACGCGCCCGGGUCGCCCAGCAAUUUGUCCGCUCCGUCACGGCCUGUCGCGUGCGCGUGCGAGUGAACCAGUGCGGUGUUUGUGUUUUUGUGCUAAUGGGCGGGUCGCGAGCGCGGUGACCGGACAGGCGGUGACACCGCAGUGACUGAAGUGAAGUGUGAUUAAUGGAAGCUCGAAGGAUUCGGCGACACACCCAGGAUUAACACACCAACUUUGUGGCCGCAAGAGGAGGUGUCUCGCUUGGAUUACCUACUCGAUGAUUAGGUCAUCGUGAUGCCCCGGAGGAAGCGCGCGGACGGCGCCGCAGCCAAAGUACGCCUGCUGAGUCUCAGCGCCCACCUCGACGACAAUAGCAUGGACGACGGCGCGCUCGACGGCGACCUGGAGGACUAUGGGUCGCCCGUCGGCACGGGGUCGCCGCACCAGCCGCUGCAGCGGAACGCCGCCAACGCUCGGGAGCGGGCGCGCAUGAGGGUGCUGUCCAGGGCGUUCUGCAGGCUCAAGGUGUGUAUGAGUGUUAACAGAGGAUUCCUAUACUAUAAAUUCAACACAAUUUUCUCCGCUUUUGAAAAAAAC